GCUAAAUAAUAUUUAAAUCGUCAAAUUAGAUACAGAAAGUAGAGUUUAUGUGUAUUUUUGUUUAACUAGACUAUUUCACGUGUCGAAUCUGCUGAAUGGAGUUUGAAGCUGCGGCUUAGAAACAGGGAAUCAGGAACAUAAAAAAAAACAGGAACAAAUCCUGAACUAGGGAUAGAAAUAGGCAUUGUAUUCCUCUUAAAAUGCAGUAUCUGUAGCGUAAAAUUAAUAUAAACCCAUUCAUCCAAACAAGUAAAUCGAUAUCGUGCGGGGAAUGUACAGAACUGUGAUUUGAUUUGAGCCUCGAUUGUUUAGUAUUAUUAUUUUUAAACGCUUUUUAUAUAUAUUUAUUCCGCACUAAAUUGUAUAAAUCUACUGUUGUUUGUAUAUGCUAGUGUAUACAUAACUGUUAUUUGUUGUAUUAGUUGUUAAUAGUAAUGUUGGUAUCCUUUUUUGUUAUUAUUUUACAAAAGUGUACUUUAUAUUACAGCUCGAGGCCUAUGGUUUAAUUUUAGUUAAAAUAUCACAUUUCAAAAUGCAGUAAUUCCAGUUAAGUGUUUUUACAUUCAUUUUGUUUUUUGGAGGCCCUGCAAACAGCGUUCUAAAAUUACUAAAUAGGUACUUUAAACACACUAUAAACAGAUUAUUACAGAAAAACACUCGAUAUAUAUAUUAAAAUAGUGUUUGCUCAAAAGAGCCAACAUAUAUAUAUAUAUAUAUAUAUAUAUAGAUAUAGAUAUAGAUAUAUAUGUGCAUUAUGGAAACAAAUCUGCAGAAGCGACGUGAGAACAAGAAAUCGCUGAGAGUAAAGGUAAUCAGCCUUGGAAACGCAGAGGUCGGAAAGAGCUGUAUAAUAAAACGCUACUGUGAGAAGAGAUUUGUUGCAAAGUAUCUGGCCACAAUCGGAAUCGAUUAUGGAGUAACAAAAGUCCAAGUCCGAGAUAGAGAGAUCAAAGUGAACAUUUUCGACAUGGCAGGGCACCCCUUCUUCUAUGAGGUACGGAACGAGUUUUACAAGGACUCUCAGGGAGUCAUCCUGGUGUACGACGUCGGGCAGAAGGAGAGUUUCGACGCGCUAGACAUCUGGCUGGCCGAGAUGAAGCAGGAGAUUGGUUCCCACAGCAACAUGGAGAACAUUGUCUUCACUGUCUGUGCCAACAAGAUUGACCUCUCGAAGCGCCGUGUGGUGGACGAGAGCGAGGGACGACUGUGGGCGGAGAGCCGGGGAUUCCAUUAUUUUGAGACAUCAGCACAGAGUGGAGAGGGAAUCAGCGAGAUGUUCCAGGCUUUCUUCUCUUCCAUCGCUGACAUGUGUGAGAAUGGGGGGCGUCGUCCAGUGUCAGGGGUCAACGUGGGCUUCACGCGGGAGCAAGCCGACACCAUCCGCAGGAUCAGGAGCAGCAAGGACAGCUGGGACAUGCUGGGGGUCAAACCAGGGGCAACAAGGGAGGAAGUGAACAAGGCAUACAGGAAGCUGGCUGUGCUGCUGCACCCUGAUAAGUGUGUCGCCCCAGGGAGUGAAGAUGCCUUCAAAGCUGUGGUGAAUGCCCGCACUGCACUGCUCAAGAACAUCAAAUAGGGUCUGACCCCAUUCCUUUCCCCAAGGAGAACCACUGACCCCAUUCUUGUCUCUUUUCAAACUCCAGCCCCUGCCUCCUUGCAGAACCUCUUACAAUCCCAUCGUCAACUCAAUGCUAAUAGGGUCAGAUUCUUUUAUUGUCAUUCAUACUGCACUGCUCAGAAUCAUUCAAUUGGAACUUCUAGCUGGUCCCAUAACGUCUGACCUGGUCCAAUAUGGCACUCGCUUUACUCUGGUCAAAACAUGAAUUCCCAAACCAACAACCACUAGCCCAAUCUGUGAGGUACAGGAACAAUUAAUUGGGUGUGAUAUCUGAGUCACAACCCCAGUUUAAUUAAUUUCACAAAUGAACAAAAACACUGACUAAUUCCCUGUUCCAAA